AUGAGCACCGAACGACAAGCUAGCGGGCUCGGGCCAUCUAUGACGGCCAGCUCGCCUCGAGCACACCACAGUCAGGCGGUUCCAAGAGACAUGCAACGACCCGUCAAGUCGGAGGCAUCCGCGUCGCAACCACCACCUGCAAGUCCAGAUCGCAAACGACCGCGAUACGAGCCGGCAUUGGCAUCUCGCGGAACGGCCGAAGAAGAACUCGAUGAAUUGGAAGAGUCUGAAGACACGACAAAACGUCCGCGCGGCGAAUCCGACGAGCCAAAGUUUGAGCGCAAAGGAUCUGGCCCAGAAAGCAUCAGCCGAUCGUCCUCUGCAGCAGCUCAUCAUGCUCAUUGGGCUGGUAGAAGCGCGUCUGCGAACCUCGACUCACGAUAUCACCAACAGCAGCAACAGCAACAGCAACAGCAACAGCAACAGCAACAGCAACAGCAACAGCAACAGCAACAGCAACAGCAACAGCAACAGCAACAGCAACAGCAACAGCAACAGCAACAGCAACAGCAACAGCAACAGCAUCAACAGCAUCGUGGACGUCAAGGCAUUGACUCGGGCGGAGCGCAAGAGCCGCGUCGCUACGAAUUCGAACGACCCCAUCCCAGCCGAUACGAUCCCGGACCAGGGGUGAGAGAGGAUGGGCGUCACAUUGGUGGUCUGGUCGGUGAGCGAUACGGAGGAGAGGCGGAUCGCGAGUCUCGCGGUCGUUUCGCGAUGGAGGGCAAGAUGGAAUACAACUCGUCGACCACGCGUAUGCCGCCCCCUGGAGCGGGCGAUCAUCCGAAUCUUCCGCCAGGCUUCCGAAACCGCCCUUCUUCGCCGCCACCGAGGUUGCCCGGCUUCGCUUCGCUGGAGCACGAAGGACUCGGCCAUCGUGCGCGAGAAGAUGGCGUUAUGGGAGGUGCCUAUGCCAGCUCUCCUCGUCGCAGCAUUCCUUUUCAUGGUCCGUCGUACGGCAACUAUGCGCUGCCACCCAGUCGCACUCCACUCAUGCACCACCACCCAAGCCCAACCCCUUCGACGUCAUACGGAAAUCCACCUAUGAUUCACCCAGCUCUCGCCGGGUUGCCUGGUGCUGGAGGAGGACCUGGCGGAAAGCAACAACCCAGCUUCGUCAGCAAGCUCUACUCAAUGCUCGAGGAUCCUUCCAUUGCCGAUCUGAUCAGCUGGGGUUCUUCUGGCACCGUCUUCAGCGUCGCCAACCCCGCCGAAUUCUCGCGGUUAGUGCUUCCGAACUGGUUCAAGCAUUCCAACUGGCAGUCGUUUGUGCGUCAGCUCAACAUGUACGGAUUCCACAAAGUGAACCACUCGUACCAGGGAAAUCCGACGGACGAAGUGCAGGUGUGGGAGUUUAGACAUCCAAGUUUCCGCCGCGGCGAGAUUGCGCUUCUCCACGAUAUCAAGCGCAAGAGCUCGAGGCAGAAGAGGGGAGGUUCGCCUCGCGGCAGCAUCGGAGGCGCCGACAUGCGUGCUGACAGGAGCGGCGGAAGUUCGACCCCAUCUCCCGAAGUGCCAUUGGCUACCAUACCUGGACACGACGGAAUGCGGAUAAUGGGUGGCAUGGGACCAGGCGGGCAUCGAGGUGGACGUGAGUUCGCCUACGGCGACGAUCGCAUGGACGGUCACGCAUAUGUGGAUCGCCGCGAGAUGCGUGGCUACGCCGGCGAGCGAGACUACAGCGCCAGUGGCCCCAGGGGAAUACCUGCGGACGAAUACGGCUACAUGCGCGGCGGUAAGAUGGAAGGUCAGCUUGGCAUCACCACUGGCGGUCCUGGUGCUGGCGCCGGCAUGGGUCCACCUUUUGCGCCUGGAAGCGACGAGAAUGCGCGUCGAGCAGUCGAGCCUAUCAUGGAGCGCGCCGAGGCAAUGGGCCGUUUCGAAGACCUUUCGGAGCGCACCGACGCCAUCAUCCGACACGCUUCUUUCCUUGAAAGUCAGAUUCGCCUCCUCACAGAUCAACUUAUCGAUGCGCGAGCUUUCACAGAGUCGGCAGUGCGCGACGAAAUGAUUCUGAUGCUCGACCGUUUGGAGCGUGCGCUCAGCUCACCUACCCCACCGGGCGUCGAUCCAACAGCAAAGAUGGUCGAAGUGCUUCGUGGUCAGCUGUCUUACUACUCUCAUCGCAGCGCUGGCCCCAACGAUCGCGUCAACAAGCCACCCGCACCGACUGGCAGUGCUGUUGGCACUGGCACCGAUCCCAAGCGUCCCAGUGUCUAA